GAUGUUGGGAUAUGGUACAUCUUCCACCGGGUUCCAACCGGACAGUCCGAGGGGCAAUAUCCAGAGGGACAGGCUGAACAUACUCCCUUGGGAGUAUUUUACAACAACAGAGUCCACUCCAAUUUCAAGGCUGGUUUGUUUAUUGGGAAAGGAGUAAAGACAACGAGAGCCAGCGCUGAAGAUCCCAGAGAGUAUCUCACUGUCGAUAAUGCCAGGUUUCGCCCACAUCAAGAUGCUGAUCCUGAAAAGCCGCGAGUUCCUGCCGUGAUUGAUGGUCUUAUUGCUUUCAAAAAUAAUGACCAUGGGGCCUGGGCCAGGGGCGGCGACAUUAUUUUCCGCAACUCGGGGUUUUCAGACAAUGGAAUUGGACUCACUCUGGCAAGUGAUGGGACUUUCCCAACAGAUGAAGGCUCCAGCCUGGAGGUUACACGCUCCAUUUUUGUUGGAGAAAGCAGCAACUUUGGCUCCCAGGGAGGCCAAAACAGCUACUGGGGAAAAGGGGCAAAUGGAAAAUACAGAACACUGCCCAGAAAUAAGACAUUCCCUAUUCGUGGAUUCCAGAUUUAUGAUGGGCCUGUCAGGAUGGCACAGUGCACUUUCAAGAAAUUCACCCCGACUGUUGACAGAUACUCAAGUGCCAUUGGGUUCUUCAUGAAAAACUCCUGGCAGAUAAGUCCCCAGAAUAACGUGUCACAGAUCCUGAUGGAGAAAAGUGUUGGACUGAAAGUGUUUUUUGGCAGAUCAGGCCAGUGGUUUGGAAACAACGAUAAUGACGGCGACAAAACGUCUAUCUUCCAUGAUCUGGACGGCUCGGUGACGGGGUACUCAGACACGUUCAUAGGCAGAGCAGACAAUUACUUGCUGCGUCAUCCCGGGUGUCUCACUGUCCCGCGCUGGAACGGGGUGAUGUGUACUGGGAAAUUCGCACAGCUUUAUAUUCAGGCCAGACGCCCCGAGAAUCUGACCUUAUCCAUUGCCAGAGCAGCAUACCAUUCCCAUCCCUUGUGGCUGCAAGGCGUGAACAGAGGAGCACCAUACCAGCAGUACCAGCCCGUCGUCAUGCUCGAGCAGGCUUAUAUCAUCCAGUGGGACGGCAGAGCACCUGAGGAUAUUAUCCUGUACCCGAUCAACUUCAAUAGAGGAGACUGGCUGCGUGUUGCCCUUUGCUAUCCCAGGGAAGCCGUUUUCCAGGUGGUGGCAGAUAUCUACCAACGACGGACAGGGACGGUGCACAGCGUAAAGCACUACGUCGCCGCGCCUUCCCAGGCCAGCGCUUUCAACGGGACCGGCGAGCGGCUCUUCUACUUCGACAGAGCAUCGGGGUACCUAUUUGUUCACCUGCAAGCCCACGAAGCUCGGAAAGGACACAGUUACUGCUCUCAGCAAGGCUGCGAACGUAUUAAAAUCACAGCGCAAAUGUACCCGGGGGACUCCUGGAGCUGUGACCCGAACCCCUUCCCGCAGAGGCCAGCAGCUGCCCAGCGCCCCGUGUCCCAGCACCCGGCUGGGCCGUGCAGGGCGUGUGGGGCCCCCCAGCUUGCUAUCACUAGCACACCCUCAGUCAAGUACAUCAAGGUCCAGAUCCAGUCUCUCAGCAGGGCGGACAUACAAAACCACUUGACAUCCGCGUUCAUUAAGAUAAACGACACAGUUUUCCUGUUCAACAGCCAUGGGAUAUUCUUCAUGGUGCUAGAUGCAUGUUCAGGAGCAGUUGUGAGUAGGCGGCACUUUGACACGGUUACUGGUGAAAACGCUGCCAGUGCAAUAACUGAUUAUGUUCAAACAUUUAUAAGAGAGAGAUCACUUGUUCUCGUGUGCUCUAGAGAGAUUGCGGACGUGGAAGGGAGCUCUGAAAUGUCUGUUUUUACCAGGUUAGGUUCAGCAAAGCCUAUUGUCUUCCACAAGGAAGGAAGUUUUGCCAUGCUUGGCUAUAAAGGACAAGCCAAACCCUCCUGGAUUAAAGUCCUUAAUCAUGCUGGUUAUCAGAAAGCUGCUUCUCUACAGCAUUAUGUUCCCUUGAAGCUGAAAGAAUAUCAAUGCCCAGCUAAUACUGACGAGUCGCUAAAAUUCACUUUUUCUCAGAACCACUCGGAGCACAUCUCUGCAGGGCCCACAGCGCCCCGGGAUUAG